UACGGACGGAUGUAUGUACUGUAAACACAUACGUAUGUACACAACACACUGGACCGCGAGAGAGCGGGGAGUAUUUUAGUCCAAUCUGCUAGGCUCUAAUAAUCGGACAGUCUAGUCAUAAUAAUUCAUUUCAAUGGCGGAAAUUGAGAACCUACAAACAGAGAUAGAUUCCUGUGGAAAAGAACAAAUAGAGCAACAUGUCGAAGAGGAAAUUGUACACGAACUAGUCUCUUCCGAGCAGCAGUCGUGGCGACUCGAUGCAGCAGACGAAACGACUCCGCCGGCGAUUGAAGUGCCAGACGAAGAGGACACCGAGGAGGAUGGUCAACAACACGAUGAACCCGGCCGUCACAUCAUCGCUAUCGACGGCAGGGUCCCUGGUGGUAUCCCCGGUGACCCCGAAGAGGACGAGGAGGACCGGCAGGACGAUGAAGGGGACGAUUCAUACGAUGGUCAUGGGGUGUUCUUUCUCGAUAGCGAAGACGAAGUCAAGCAAAAAGUCUCGGAUUAUGAGAAAAAUACAGGCACGCAUUUCAUUAUGCUGAAAAAGGAAAAAGGCUAUUCACAAACUGAGUGGAAAGUCAAGAGGUUAAACUGGUCCCAGAAGUCGAGGGCCACUGUACCCAUCGCCUUCGAUGGCACACCCUUCAUGUACUUAGGACAGGUCCUUCUCAGCUGUCAGCACGGUAAAGACAAGAACAUCGGAAUCAAGAAGAAGUACAGGGAAAAGGCUGCAUUGCGGAGUUUAAACAAGGAGGAUGACUACACACCAACUAAGAGACUAUUAUCACCAUCAACCAAGAAAAUGGGAUGCCCUGCUCUCAUUAGCAUUAAGAAAGUCGUCAAAUUCCCAGAUUUUAAGGUACCAGUUGAUGCCUCAUCACACACUAAGAGGAAAAUGUUCCAACAAGUCGCCGAAGCAAUGAAACGAUCUCCAGAGUCAUUGAAUGCGGAGAUGAAAUUCUACCUCAAGAUUCCCUCCAGUGGUAAACAUAAGAAUCAUCCGCCAGAAGUGUGUCCCAAAACGCCUGGUAGGACCCAACUAAAGAGACGGACGAUGGCAUUUAAGGAUGUGGUGAAAGCAGCCAGUCGAAUCGCUGAUCUGAUUAAUCUGACACCCAUCCACACAAGCUCCACUGUAGAUAGACUAUGCGGACGGACUGUCUACUUCAAGGCUGAGUUAAUGCAGAAGACAGGGUCAUUCAAGGUCAGAGGAGCUCUGAACGCCAUUUUGUCUUUAAAGGAGAGUGGAAAUGAACCAAAAGGCGUGGUGACACAUAGCACUGGUAACCAUGGCCAGGCAUUGGCCUAUGCAGCACAGUUGACUGGUGUGCCCUGUGUGGUGGUGGUACCACACGACACACCAGCCGUUAAAGUACGGGCUAUAUUGCAGUACCAAGCAGAAAUAAUCUUCUCUCAGCCUACGCAAGCCUCAAGGAAAGACACGUGUGAAAAAGUACGAAAGGCUAGAGAUUACCAUUUCGUCUCACCAUAUGAUGACGUUGAUGUUAUUGCUGGCCAGGGAACCUUGGGUCUGGAGCUGUUAGACCAGUGUCCAUUUGUUCAAGCUAUUCUAAUUCCAACGAGUGGUGGAGGAUUAGCUGGUGGAAUUGCUACGGCCGUCAAAGGAAUCAAUAAAGACAUCAAAAUUUACUGUGUCGAACCAGAAGGUAAAGAUCUCCAGACUUCGCUGCAAGCUGGGAAGCGAAUGUGGCCAGAACCACCGCAGUCUUUAAACACAGUCGCUGAUGCUAUUCGUACUCAACAGCUUGGCAAACUGACCUGGCCAAUCCUCAGAGAUAAGGCAGAGAAAGAGGUCUUCACAGUGAAUGAUGACGACAUUGUAGAAGCCAUGAAAUUUGCCUGGACAAGACUAAAGCUAUGUAUUGAGCCAGCCGCAGCGACAGGCGUUGCAGCAGUUUUGUCAGAAAAAAUGAAGGAGUUAGACCCGUCCAUCCAGAAUGUAGCGGUCGUUCUAUGCGGAGGCAAUGUGGACAUUGAGAGAUUACCCUGGGAACAAAACUCCAAACCAGACAUCACUGGACUGCAGUGGGAGCAACACAAUAAACCCAUGUUUCCAUCGGUUUCGAACUGACCAAUCACAGGGAUCAAUGGAAGGGUAUUGACCAAUCACUAUGCUGCGCCAGACUGUUAUUCAUGCAAGAGAGACUGACCAAACGAGAUGCUUCUAGUCAUCCUUGAAAUCAAAACAGAUAUGAUAGGCCAAUUGAAAUCAGUAAGGCAGCCUGCUGCUCGAACGCUAUUCAACCAAUCAAAAGUCCAAAGCCUGUGUCAAUCAAGAAUUGUUGAACAGACCAGACGGCAAUAUUCAGAUUGACCCAAAAGGUCAAUGUGCUCAUAGCAUUAAAAGAUGUUAUGAGGGGAGAGCUGUUGCUUUGCAUUCGUUGCAGGCCUGGAUUUACACGCUGGCCACAGAAGCCAUGGCCUCUCUGUUUCCCCUGGUCCUGGCCUUGGUGCCCCUUCAAAAGUUUCUCAUUGACUUAAAGUUUUCCCAAUGGAAGUGGGAACAAUUUUCCCCAUGUUAUGUGCCCAUGCUCAGAGCUAUGUAAACAAUGGAAAUUUACCUGGUAAGUCUACUGCCACCUAGCGCUCCAAAGUCUCCAAUUGAACCAAUACCGCAUUCUUUUAGAUUUUAUUAUGUCAGUGCCCUUGUCGCAUGCAAUUAUGUCCUCUGUGCAAUACUAUCCGGAGGACAUUAUUGCAUAUGCAAUAAUGU